AGCUACUGUCAGAUACGUAAAGCUGCUGUCCCUGUCCCAUUAGAGGCAUGCUCGUCAGUGAUGUGUAAUUGCGUUGCCAUUUGUCAGCAAGUUGGUGCUGAUGUCGGUGAAUGGCUUAUCCCAAUUGCUCAUGCACCUCAGUUGCAAAUCUCUUGUUUGUGUUCUCAGCAUCAGCAGUUGUUUCGCAUUAGGCGAUGCAGCUGUACAGCAGACCAGUAAAUAUCCUUAUCAGAGCCCAGCUAGAGGAGGAGAGAGAGGGAGGGAGCGUGUGUGAUAGAGGGAGAGUAGAGGAAGAUCAAGUGAGAGUAAGAGAAAAGGAGUGUUCAUUUUACUUCCUAGUCGGUUUUCCUGGGGGAAUCUAUCAACGACUGCAGAAGAAAAUAAAGGGGUAAAAUAGAAUAGAUUUCUGCAGUCAUCUUCUCUGGUUUAGGACCUAUUGCAUUUUUUUUUGCAUAGACACUCACCUACCGCACGGAGCGGCUAACAACCAUGGAGACAGCCCUUUCCACCCCCCAUAAUAUCCAGAUCUGUGAGGUGACCUGCGACUCCUUCCGCAUCGGCUGGGACAUGACCCCUGAGGAUACUGCCAAGGCCACACACUUCUUCAUCGACCUCAGCCGCAAGGAGGGCGGGGAUCCCAACCGCUUCAAGCACAGGGAUGUGCCCACCAAAUUGGUGGCCAAGGCGGUACCCUUACCCAUGGCAGUGAGAGGCCAUUGGUUCCUGAGCCCGCGGACAGAGUACUGUGUUGCUGUGCAGACAGCAGUAAGACAGGCAGAUGGAGAGUACCUGGUGUCUGAAUGGAGCAGGGUGGUCGAGUUCUGCACAGGGGAUUAUGCCAUGGACCACCUCAAACAGCUCCUUGGCAAAGCGAAGGGUUCUGCUGGAAGAUUGCUAAGGUUCUCUGUAUUCUAUCGCAACCAGCACCCUGAUUAUUUUCAAUAUGUCAGAACUGAAUGUGGGGGACUGAUGCGCCUAGCCAUGAAGGACAAUAGUGGAAGCCAUGGCUCUCCUAUCAACAGCAAACUGCAGGGAGUCUUCCUCAGCUGCAACACUGAGUUUGACACAGGUCUUCCUCCAAACGACUCCCCCUAUGGCCCCCUGCGUUUCCAGAUCCCGGCCGGGAACCUGCUGAAUCGCAACACUAAUCUUUACUUUGCUGACUUCUACUGUAUGUACACAGCCUAUCACUACGUGGUGUUGGUACUGGCCCCUUCUGGCUCAGAGGGGGAUAACUUCUGCCGUAGUAGUCUCCCCCUGCUGGACCUGACUGCCAACCCCUUCCUGACAUACAUCCCCUCCCAGAGGCAAGGGGAAGAGACCUUGUUCUGCCACGCCAGUGAUGUCAUCCUGGAGGUGCUGUACACAGAGCCGAUACAUCUGGAGCAGGGCAGUGUGGUGAAGAUCAGUGGCCACCACCAGAUGAGCCAGACCACGGCCAACGCCAAGAAGGACCCCAGCUGCAAGGUGUGCAACAUCAGUGUGGGCCGCUGAGAGAACGGGCUGGACUGACAGGCUUUAGAGAACAGUGAGGAUGUGUGUAGGCAUAGCUGCAGAUGUAGAGAAAUGGGCAGAGCAAUUUCAUCUGUCUCGUAGUGUAAGGUAAAGUACCACAACUGGGACAGCCCAUCUCUUGGGGUAUGUGCAUGCUGGCUGCCCCAUCCCUCUCCGUCGCUACUAGUAUUCCAAAUCUCCAAAAUCAUCAAUCAUCAUGUGGACCCAAAGAAAGGCACUAUAGAUUAUGGGUUUACAGUUUGAUAGAGGACCAUAUGUUUGAGAUCCUCCAUUGCUCGAGGAAGCUGUGAUGUACACAUUGUGUAACACUGUAUUUGUCAAAUAACAUUUCGUAUGAUAUACAUUUCCAUCUUUUCCUUACAGUACCUGUUGGUCUUAGAUGAUUCCAAUAUUUCUUGUACUUUAAAACACACUGUCAAUUGAAUUACUAUUUGAAAAUGUUCAAACAUUAUGUUAUUUAGUCAAUGCUUAUGAUAAGUGAAUAAUAAAAGAUUUGAAUUGA